AUGAGCCAAUCCGACGUGACUGCAAGAAGCGAUGUCGACGAAAAGAAGGACGUCGACAUUCACAAAGUCACGGUUGAAGCACUCCCUGCUACAGAUGACGGAGAACUCGAAGACGGAAUGGUCGAUCAUGCCUACCUCAACGCCAGCAAGUCUACAAAGUUCUACAGAGGCACCCUCUUUCAGAUGUUUCUCUUUGGAGCCAUUUCCUUCGUGGGUCCAGCAAUGUCGGACGCCAUAUCAAACCUCGGUGGUGGUGGUCUCUCUAGGCCAUACCUGUCAAACCUCUCCAACUCUGUCAACUACGCUGCUUCCUGUGUUGUCACUCUGGUCGGUGGCCCUCUGAUCAACAAAAUCGGAAUCAAGUGGUCUUGCUUGAUUGCUGCGAUCAUCUUUCCUCUGGACGGCUCGAGCUACUAUGUCAGUGCCAAGUACGUCGGUAAAGACUGGUAUCUUCUCUUUGCCAAAAUCCUGGGAGGCUUCACUUCCGGCUUCCUAUACGUCGCCGAGACCACCGCCAUGCUUUCCUACCCCCACGUCUACGAAAGGGGUCUCUACCUAGGAAUCUGGUCCGCCAUGCGCAACUCGGGCAGUGUCAUAGGCGGCGCUAUCAACUUUGCUACCAACUACUCCUCUGAUGCCGCAGGCGGCAUCGCUUGGUCCACAUACCUCAUCUUCAUUGGCUUUGAGUGCACGGGUGUCAUCUGGGCCCUCUUAUUGUCUGCUACCAAAAAGGUCAGGCGUAGCGAUGCCACACGCGUCCCUUACUCCCGGGACAUGACUUGGAAAAACGAAUUCAAGGCUUUGUACAAACACGUCUUGAACAAAAGGACUUGGCUUGUGUUUAUCCCUGCGUUCUAUAGCUUCUUCUAUGGAGGUGUGUAUGGGACGUACUUGUCCCUGCAUUUCUCUGUCCGAUCUCGAGCUUUGUCAAGUUUGAUCACCCCUUCCGCCACUAUCCUGAUGGUCACCACCUACGGCAAAUUCGUCCUCGACAACAAACGCUGGUCCCAACGCAGCCGAGGAUGGAUCGCUUUCCUCAUGUGGGCUAUCCCACAGAUGGCCUGUAUCAUCUGGACCGGUAUCGAAUACGGUAAAUUCGGCGGCCAAGAGCUUACCUUGGACUACGCCACCAACGGCCGCCGCUGGGCCGAAGCCUACCUCCCCUACUUUAUCAUCUUCACCACCGGCUACUGGACCCAGCUCUCCCUCUACUGGAUCCUCGGCACAUUCACCACCAACGUCAAAGCCUCCUCCCGCACCGGCGGUCUUUUCCGUGCAUUCGAAACUGCAGGUCAAGCCGUGUCGUACGCUAUCAACUCGAAUACAGGGGAUAAGCGUAUACCGUUGUAUGUUUUGAGCGUGCUUUGGGUGCUGGCGGUACCGUGUAUGGUGGGGUUGAUUAGUUUGAUACCGGAGAGGCCGGUGGAGAAGGAUGAUGUGGCGGAUGAUAAGAUGGAUGGGUCGGUGAGCCGGGAUAGCGCGCUUGAUGCCGAGGUCAUGGCCGAGCAGGCGAGGUAG